AUGGACCAAUGCCAAGAAGUACUGGGCGGCGACGCUGCGGACGAACAGGAAAUAUCGAAGUCUGAAACAGCCAGCACCGACAAAGAACCAUCGCAGCAAAAAGUACAGGUAAUCCGUCUCCUUUGUCUCAGGAAUCGCUACCCGAGCUACCUCUAUAAGGAGGAGGCCAUGAUUUUGUUUGAUAGAAGCCAUUUGGCACUGCAGCUGUAG